UUUACGAAGCAAUCUUAAACCCUUGAUAUGGUCAAAGAAUUGCCACCCCCGUUGAAUUUUAAAUAGCCUCCUCGGUUUUGCAAGCCAAAAUUUGUAGUUUGUACGGCCAUAACCGGCUGCCGUCUCCAGUUUGUCCGUUUUCUCCGUCUCCUUUUAUUUUUCCACCCUUUUUCUCCCUCCCUCCCUCCAAUUCUCUGCAGCAACCAAAAAACAGAAAAAAGGGCCAAAACUCAACUUUGCUCGUCGAUUCAUGGAAACUCUCUCCCAUGCGAUCACCGCUUCCGCUUCUCCAAAGCUCAGUCUCCGUCAAAAUGACAACCUCUCUCGUCUAAUCCGUUACAGCCAUGGAUUCAGUUCUUUGAAUCUCCGUACAGUAAGAUCACAGCGAAGGAGUAGAGUUUUCUCGAAAGUUGAAUGUGAUCAACAAAGCUCGAAAAACAACAUCGAUUUCAGUGAGCCUGAUUGGAAGUCCAAGUUCCAGCAAGAUUUCGAGAAACGCUUUAAUAUUCCUCACAUCACCGAUAUUUUCCCCGAUGCUCACUCUUUUCCUUCAACAUUUUGCCUCAGGAUGAGAACUCCGGUAACUGAGGAUUUUACUGAAGGUUAUCCAUCGGAUGAGGAAUGGCAUGGUUACAUAAAUAAUAACGAUCGAGUACUUCUAAAGGUCAUACAUUACUCGUCUACUACGUCUGCUGGUGCGGAAUGCAUUGAUCCUAACUGUACUUGGGUUGAACAAUGGGUUCAUCGUGCUGGGCCUAGAGAGAAAAUAUAUUUCAAACCAGAAGAAGUGAAGGCUGCAAUUGUUACUUGUGGUGGGCUUUGCCCUGGUCUUAAUGAUGUUAUUAGACAGAUUGUCAUCACACUGCAAAUAUAUGGUGUGAAAAACAUUGUGGGGAUUCCUUUUGGUUAUCGUGGAUUCUCUGACAAAGACUUGGCUGAAAUGCCGCUAUCACGGAAAGUAGUCCAAAAUAUUCACCUUUCAGGUGGAAGCUUGUUAGGAGUUUCACGUGGAGGACCCCCUGUCAGUGAAAUUGUCAAUAGUAUGGAGGAAAGAGGAAUCAACAUGCUUUUUGUGCUAGGUGGAAACGGUACUCAUGCUGGGGCCAAUGCUAUACAUGAUGAGUGCCGCAAAAGAAAGUUGAAAGUGGCUGUAGUUGGUGUGCCAAAAACUAUAGACAAUGACAUUCUGCUAAUGGACAAAACCUUUGGUUUUGAUACCGCUGUUGAAGAAUCACAACGAGCAAUCAACUCUGCAUACAUUGAGGCUCAUAGUGCUUACCAUGGAAUUGGUGUUGUAAAAUUGAUGGGCCGUAGCAGUGGUUUCAUAGCCAUGCAAUCAUCCUUGGCUAGCGGACAAGUUGACAUAUGUUUGAUUCCAGAGGUACCUUUCAAUUUGCAUGGCCCUCAUGGUGUAUUAAGGCAUCUAAAAUACGUAAUUGAGACAAAGGGAUCGGCUGUUGUCUGUGUGGCAGAAGGAGCUGGGCAGAAUCUAGUUCAGAAAACUAAUGCUACCGAUGCUUCUGGAAACAUAGUAUUUGGAGAUUUUGGUGUGCACAUCCAACAAGAGAUAAAAAAAUAUUUUAAGGAAAUUGGCAUCCCUGCUGAUGUAAAGUAUAUUGAUCCAACAUACAUGAUCCGUGCAUGCCGUGCAAAUGCAUCAGAUGGAAUUCUAUGCACUGUUCUAGGACAAAAUGCUGUUCAUGGUGCAUUUGCUGGAUAUAGCGGCAUUACAGUUGGUAUAUGCAACACUCACUACGUUUACUUUCCGAUUCCUGAGGUCAUUUCUCAUCCCCGGGAAGUAGACCCUAACAGCCGCAUGUGGCACCGAUGCUUGACUUCUACAGGCCAGCCCGACUUUGUCUAAAUUAUAAGGGGUAAGUUUAAUCAAAAAGAGCGAAGAAAUUUAAGUUUUGAAAUUGUUCAUUAAAGGACAGCGAGCUAGCUUUUAGAAAUUUCUUUUUUAGGCUGCUCAUUUUAGGCUGUAAAAGAAAUAAAACCAACGAUAACAUUUUCACCAAAUUAAAAUGAAAAAGUCAAAUAUAUAGCAUACAUGGGUUCUCAGGAAGAACAUCAUGAAUAAUAAAAACAUAAGGGGAAUCACUCUGUCAUUUUGUCUUUAGGAAUCAUUUUUUGGCUGUUCAUGAAAAUGAGAAUGCAGUCAAACAGGGAAUUGUUUCUUGUGUAACAAACAAACGCGGUUGUAAGUUAUUGAUAUUAAUCAGAACAUUAAGCUUUGGACAAACAAUGUAUUUCUAAUCCUACUCUAUUAAUCACACUUUUCAACAGGGCAUAUUUUCUGCAUUUUCAUGAAAAAAAAGUAGGCUUGUUUGAUAUCUUAUUAUCUUCGUGUCAUUUGCUAACUGGUGGGACAGUCAGAUUUUUUCUGGCAAAUAGUGAGGGGUUUGUUUGAGUUUAAUUUGUUUCCGAACUAUUUUAAAGAUUUAAGUCAAAAUUAUUCUUGAAAAGAUCAAACUCUAAUUGACAAAGAAAUAUUCAAAAGUAAGUUCGUCAUUUUAUCAACUCAACUAAUCACUUUAAAAACAAUACUGUUCACAAGCUCCUAAAUACUUUCGCCAGCAUUUAAAAAAAAAAAAUUUGCUUCAAUGCACGACACCAUCAAUAGAACUCGGUAAACUAGGU